CUGUUGCCAUGUUCCCACUUUCAUGGGUGUGGUGAUUAGCUUACUUGGUGAAAAUUUUAGUCUAAUCCGACCAGACUCGCGCUCGCUUUUCCCCCUUUAAACCGAUUAAAUUGUCUCAAAUUAACACGUCUGCCUUUGCGAUUUAUUUCAAAGCUGGGACCAUGGUUGUCGUAUGAAAACGGAUCGGUGUGACUCUGAUUGGAAGACGGACAGAGCCAAAAAAAGCCUGUUUCAGGUGUCAGCUGGUAAAGCGUGUGUGUGUGAGUGUCUGGGUGUGUGAGUGUGUGUGUGAGUGUGUGUGUUAGUGCGCGUGUGUCAGUAUUUGGAGAGGAGUGUGCCCUGAACGCAUCACACGGAGACAAUGAGCGAGCUGGAACAGUUGCGGCAGGAAGCCGAGCAGCUACGCAAUCAGAUCCGGGAUGCCAGGAAAGCCUGCAGUGACUCCACUCUGUCACAGAUCACAGCUGGUCUGGACUCAGUGGGCCGGAUACAGAUGCGGACGCGACGCACUCUCAGGGGACACCUGGCCAAGAUCUAUGCAAUGCACUGGGGAAGUGACUCCAGGUUACUGGUCAGUGCCUCACAAGAUGGAAAGCUAAUUAUCUGGGACAGCUACACAACAAAUAAGAUGCAUGCCAUUCCGCUGCGUUCUUCCUGGGUGAUGACGUGCGCCUACGCCCCCUCUGGGAACUAUGUGGCCUGCGGUGGCCUGGACAACAUCUGCUCCAUAUACAGCCUGAAGACCCGUGAGGGAAACGUGCGUGUCACCCGAGAGCUACCCGGGCACACAGGUUACUUGUCCUGCUGUCGUUUCUUGGAUGACAACCAGAUACUGACCAGCUCUGGAGACACCACCUGUGCAUUGUGGGACAUAGAGACUGGCCAGCAGGCCACUGCCUUCACCGGCCAUACAGGAGACGUGAUGAGUUUGUCUCUAAGCCCAGACUACAAGACCUUUGUGUCAGGAGCCUGUGAUGCCACCUCCAAGCUGUGGGACAUACGUGAUGGCAUGUGCAGGCAAUCUUUCACUGGCCACGUGUCCGAUAUCAACGCCGUCACCUUUUUCCCCAACGGGAAUGCCUUUGGCACAGGCUCAGAUGAUGCCACCUGCAGGCUGUUUGACCUGCGGGCCGACCAGGAGCUGAUGAUGUACAGCCAUGACAACAUCAUCUGCGGCAUCACCUCUGUGUCUUUCUCCAAGAGUGGCCGACUGCUCCUGGCCGGCUACGAUGACUUCAACUGUAAUGUCUGGGAUACUCUGAAAGGCGAGCGUGCAGGUGUGCUAGCGGGCCACGACAACAGAGUGAGCUGCUUAGGGGUGACAGAAGACGGCAUGGCCGUGGCCACCGGCUCCUGGGACAGUUUCCUCCGAAUCUGGAACUAAUCUCAAUCUCUGCCCGCCAACUUCCUCCUUCACAACCCCACCCUACAUAUCCCAACUCAUCUUCUGGGCUGGACCUGAGGGGUGCUCACUGUGUCAGUCAAAAUCCUCUCCACUCCUCCCCAGUUCUCCUCUGUGCUGGCGACCUGCCCCCCCGUGAGAAAGUACCAACUCUUUCUAGCUUUUCAGUGACGUUUUUUUUCUUCUUUUUUUUCGACCAGCUAUUACACAGAAACAAAAACAACCUUUCAGUAUAGUUGUCCCAAUCAAAAAUAAGAGAUUAGUAAUGAAAAAUUGAAGGAAAAAAAUAGACAAUUUCGCCCUUAUACCAAUUCUCUUUUUAGAUUAAGAACAUCUGUUACCGUGACUAACAACAAACAAGAUGAGCGUCAGUGUGUAAUAUGUAAAUGUAUAUAUAAAGACAGUAUAUAUGUAUAGCAUUAUGUGUGUAUAUAUGCAUCAUAUAUGCAUAUAUAAUGUGUAUGUAUAUAUUUUUGUAGUUUAUUUCCCACCCUUGAGUUUUUUAUUUUUAGUUGGGGGUUAUAUUUCAACUGUACAUAUUCACAUUACAACAUACAACAUGAUGCCAGAAACACUUAUUGUAUCCUGUAUGAGUACCAGAUGUAGUGGCAGACAAUUUAGUCAUAUCAUAGUUUCACAGAAAAAGUCUUUUAUUCACUCAUCACUCCCUCAUCCAGCAACAAAAGAGGAUUUAGCAAGUAAACAAAACAAUUAGCAGAAAUAAAAUUUGUCCCAGCUAAACUCACUUUCCUCAUUUGUAUGUGUAUUAUAGUUACAAGCAGUAAGCCUCAUGUAUCCUGUUUCUACAAAUUCCUGUGAAUGAUGACAUUUUAAUUUAUUUUUACCAACACAGCCCCUGGCAUUCCUCACCACAGUUUUCAUUUGGAAGGAAACCGCCACAGUGCUAAACGCCAACAAGUUGUGUUUUUUUUUUUAUUUUAGUCUGGAUUCUGCUUCAGCUCCAAAGUAGAAACCAGUGAAUUUUAGGCUUAAGAUAGAUCAUUUUUUUUAACUGGAGACCCUGCCUCUGCCUCUACUCACAUGGACUGUGGUUUCAAAUCAUCGGAUGCUGAAUCCACAUCUGAAGACCACAUCCAUUCCAUGCAAAUCAACAGUUGUGUGAUAUUAGGAUUGAUAACCCAAAAAUAGUCCUAAAGAGAGGUUUUGCAUCCUAAUAUUUUCUGUGGCCUAUAGAAUCUACGCUUUUCUUAAGAGUUGAGACGAGCAUCUCAAGUUACCCCGUACAAAUGACACUGAUGGAAGAAAGGCUUCGCAAAGAGAGACUUGUUCUCCCCAAGCAGAAGCCGUUUUCUACCUAUGAACCUGUAAUGGUGCUGAGACCUGUAUGGACACAUGGUAGAGAGCUCAGUCGUUAUGUGGGAAUAUUUAAAGGACCAUAAAGGACAGCAGUGACUCUGACUGCGGCCUCUGAAGACUAGAGGAAAGAUGCAGAGAGAGAAAAAUGAAAGAUGUCUGUUAGAGAUCGCCAUGUCAUUUACUUUUUUUUCUUCUUUUUUUUUUUUUUUUAAGCAAAGGAUCAACAGAUCUUUUUGUUGUCAAGGUGUGAACUGAGUGACUGCAUGGAAUUAAAAUCAUGUUAGCCACUCCUAAAUAACACCAGUGCCACCACAAGCCUGUAAAUAAAGAAAAAAAGUGUUUUCUUUAAAGGGUUUAACAUUUUUAUUUUCUCACCAAAAACAUGUAUUGAACUGAAUAUUGCUUGUGAAGAAAGUACACUUGGUAGACCGAAAUGUACACUUAGUAGAGAGCUAGACAUGCACUCACAAACUGUAGUACAAAUGUAAACCAUUGAGCACAUGUGACUUAAUUACCCAUAGAAGUGCUAUCUCGGAUUUUGAGUAUUUUCUCAUCAAACAUCUUCCAUUAUUUUGGUUCCAAUAAAGGCUUAAAAAAUUAAAUACACAUAAUGUAUGUGAGCUGGACCUAUCCAUCAGCUGUCUUAGGUGCCUAUCCCUGAAUAUAAACAUUUGACCCACCUGGGCUGGAUAAAGGAGGUUUGUGCUCCUGUGAGAUGUGGCAUUAUUGUCUCCAUUCUGCCUUACGAUACCAUUCCUAACAGACGGUAAUACUAGCAUCAACUACAGUAAUGUUUUCCUCUUACUAUUCCUUUUUAGACACUGAUCAGUAAGAGAGAUUGCUAAUUAUUUUUCUUUUCCCAAUAGAAGCACAUACUGAUACUAGUGAACACUAAAAAGCAUGCUUACAGAAAACCACUGCGACCACAUGCAGCUCCAUACUGCUUCUUUAAACAAGUGUUUUACAUCACUUUUUAUACAGUUCUGCUUUCUACUACCACCAAACCGUUUGUAGUAUUUAUUUAGGUUCAGUCAGCUAUCAAUGAACCCCCUCUUCGGCAGUCUGAUUCUAGUGACCCUUUUUUUUGUUUUUAAGUGUUUUAGCUGCUUCUACCUGGCUUUGCAUUAAUUAAUCCAUAACGAGAGAAUGUUAAAGAUUAGUUAUAGUUUUUAGAUGUGUGUGUGUGGCGGGGGAAGGGAAUGGGGGGGAUUGCUGAUGUAUGUGGAUAACGUAUAGAUUUAAGUGUUACUUCCUCAUUUGUGCCAAUGUUAUCCACAGACCCUGAGCUGUGAACUGAAAUCUAGUCAAUGUGACAAAAAACAAAAACAUGUUUGCUCACUACUCAAGUGCCAGCCUUCUCCAUAUCCAUCAGUUCAAGUCACGUCAGUAUGAUUGCCUAUGAUUUCAUACCCAACCGCCUAUUUCUGAAGAUAUGAGGGUUUUUUGUCCCAAGUUAUUAGAGUAACGUUUCCAUCUCAGUCAGCGGACAUCAGCCGCUCAUGUGUCCCCAGAUAAAGAUGAGAAAUGUAUUUAAAGCGAUAAGUUGAUAUUUUUGGGGAAUGUUUGCUUUCUGGCAGAUAGAUGAGACGAUCCACACCAUUCUCGUAUCUGUCCGUUAAAAAUUAGGCAACAACCAGCAGCCUGUCAGCUUAGCUUAGCACAAAGAAAUGGAACCAGGGAAACAGCUAGCCUAGCUCUGUCUAAAGCACACUAACAAUGUUAUAUCUUAUUUGUUAAACAAAAACCGACGAUUCACCAAACUGUUUUGGCUGGUAGUAGUAACUUUGUUGAAUCUCUGCACAUACCCACCCUGUUGAACUUCAGUUUUUGUAUAUAUUAAAGAAAUGAGAUCUGUGUUAAUUAGUGUUAGAGAUGAUGAUAGGCAGGCUAACCGUUUCUCUCUGGUUUCCAAUCAUUAUGCUAAACUAAGCUAGGCGGCAGCUAGCUAUAGCCUUAUAAGUUAUUUGGUAACAGACAGACAUGAAAGUGGUAUCUUCCCUAACUCUCCUCAAGAAAGUGAAUGAUUAUUCCCCAAAAUGUCAAACUAUUCCAACUAACCCAACCUGUUCUUUCAUGACAUCAUGAGCUGUGAAAAAAUAAAAACACACCAAAGCCCUUAACAGGUGAAAAAGGUGAUUAUGUGUACUACUGACAGUGAUAUUCAGAAGCAGCCAUUUUCUCGCUCUGUGUGUAAUUCAGCAGUAUUAGCAGCUGAACCUGGAAUAGUAACACUUCUACAUGCCUGUGCAGUGACCACAUUAAUCCAAAAGAUGCUUGACUUCAUUUAAUUUCACAGUAUUGUGGUCUCAUCCAGUUUGUUCUCUUAACUAUACAACCAAUAUGGAUCUGUCGAAUCAUCUUUUUAGAUGUUACGAAAUGUCAACAUUUGAUGCAUUUACAGUAUCGCCAGACAUUGUUACCAAAGUACCAAGAUAUCUGACUUCUUUGAAUAAUUGGACUGGUAUGUAAGUUGUUUGAUCAAUGUGAGUUGAUUGGUCAGUCACCCACAGUGGCAACGUCUAACUUCAUAGAGCAGUUGUGAAAAUUUGUUAGGCCGUAUUUAUGCAUUUGCAAAAUCCUCCAAAUUGAAUAUCUGAACAUGAGAAAUUUAAAGUUUCUGAUUCAACGACACCCACCACUUGAACUGAUUGUCACACAAUCACCACCAAAGCACCAUCACAAAAUAAUGCACUGCCCUUUGACUCUACAACCUACUGUUCUGACAUUUUGUUUGGAUUUUAUUUAUUGUUUUAUAUUUUAAGCCAGUAAAGACCAGGGACUUGGUGCCAUGAUAAUUCUCUUACAGUGCUUUUUGUGUGGAAUUAUAAUCACUUGUUAUGGAAUAAUUUUUAUAGUCUUUUUCACACCAGACCUUUUUUUUGUAUUUGUACAGUGGCUUGGUGAUACUGAUAUGUUGCCAUGAGUUAUUGUAACCAAUAAAAAGCUUCUAACCAAGAGU